AUGACGUGCGGGCUGCGAGGCGUCACCGCAACGUUCGGGCAACCUACCGACGGCUCCUACCUCCACCACCUGUGCGGUGGCGGUGUCGUCAUGGACCUGGGACCGAUGCGCAAGAGUUACCGCGGGGACCGAGAGGCAUUUGAGGAGACUCAGCUGACCUCCCUGGACCCCGUGAAGCAGUUUGCUGCCUGGUUUGAGGAGGCUGUUGAGUGUCCUGACAUAGGGGAAGCCAAUGCCAUGUGCCUGGCUACAUGUACCAGAGACGGAAAACCCUCUGCCCGCAUGGUGCUGCUGAAGGGCUUUGGCAAGGAUGGCUUCCGUUUCUUCACUAACUUCGAGAGUCGAAAGGGAAAAGAGCUGGACUCCAAUCCCUUUGCUUCUCUUGUCUUCUAUUGGGAGCCUCUCAACCGUCAGGUGCGUGUGGAGGGCUCCGUGAAGAAGCUGCCUGAGGAGGAGGCUGAGUGCUACUUCCACUCCCGCCCCAAGAGCAGCCAGAUCGGGGCCGUGGUCAGUCACCAGAGUUCUGUGAUCCCCGAUCGGGAGUAUCUGAGAAAGAAAAACGAGGAACUGGAACAGCUCUACCAAGAGCAAGAGGUGCCAAAGCCAAAAUACUGGGGUGGCUACAUCCUGUACCCACAAGUGAUGGAGUUCUGGCAAGGCCAAACCAACCGCCUGCAUGACCGGAUCAUCUUUCGGCGGGGCCUGCCAACAGGAGACUGCCCUUUGGGGCCCAUGACCCACCUUGGGGAGGAAGACUGGCUCUACGAGAGACUUGCACCCUGA